GCUACCGCACCAGUCGCGUCCAACGGGGGUAUAGAUAAAACCCCUUUCAAUUUAUAAACAAAUAUCACGGGAUGCAAUAUAUCCUUAUAAACAAACGGCCCGCGGAAAUGGACAUAUCUGUUGACACGAAUACUUCUUAUUGAAAGUUAAGUUUUGACUGAAGUGACUUGUUGAACUGUUGUACGAAAUACGAGAAAAAAUGUUGUGGGAGUCCGGACUUAUCGAAGAAUCGGAGACGAUGCCACAGACGGUCCCUCGGUCCGGGUGCAGCCCGCCCUCGGCCUCACCGGGCGAGAGGACAGUGCCCGCUUCGCCGGCAGACCUACAUCACCUCCUGCGCGUGCUGGGCGCCGCCUCGCCGCCGGAGCCCAUGUUGCACUCCCCUCCCAACCCUCACACGAAGCCCCCGCCUCCGUAUCCUGAGGAUAACAGCGGCUUCCUGGAGAGGCUUUACGACUUUGAAGGUUAUCCCACUCCGUCGCCUUCGUCCGACGAAGGAUCGAUUCCCACAGUGGCGCUGCAACCGCCCUCCCCCUAUAAUUCCUUCCAAUACUCUCCUCCAGUUUACGUCAAGGAGGAGCCGAACAGACUUCCCGUCCCUGAAUUCGCUUCCCCUUACCCCCUUUCUCCUUCGGGAUCUUGCGUCUCAUACAGCAGUUAUCAUCAGUACUCAUCGCCGGCCUCACAUCACGAGGAAUACAUAGAUAUCGAGGAAUUACUAAAAGAGAAUCAGAUAUUGCAAGAAAGUGUCCAACAGACGACGUAUAUUACGCCUAAACUAGAACUCGAAGAGCCCAGAGAUCACAUUCUCCUGCGAUCGGCUCUAGAAGAUACGACAUUCCAGAAGCGACUGAACCUCAGACCUAUACCGUUCGAGCUGAACAGUGUGAAGAUGGAGGAGAGUAGCGGUGGUGCGGGUGGGACGGGGGAUGACACGCUGGUGGCGCCUGACAUAGACCGCGUGCUAUCCAUGGCCAUCGAGCAAUCCAAGCGUGACGUUGAUAACACGUGUACCGUGCUCGGCAUCUCACCCGACCCGCUGCAAUGGAGCGCAGAGGACGUGCAGUCGUGGGUGAUGUUCACAUUACAACACUUCCGCCUAGCUCCCGUGCCUGCGGAAUACUUCGCGAUGGACGGAGUCGCCCUCGUUGCACUUACGGAGGAAGAGUUCAAUCGCAGAGCGCCACAAGCUGGGAGCACACUGUACGCACAACUGGAAAUAUGGAAAGCGGCGAGACACGAGACUUGGAGACCCGCGCCCUGGUCUGAACAAGAGCAGACAUCGCCGAAGCCUGCCCCACCCGGUCUGCCGUCAGCUGACGACAUGAGUGAUGACGAGGACUCGGAAUCUGUGAGCGCGAGCGCAGCGGGUGCGGGGUCGGGGGUGAGCGCGGGGGGCAAGGCAAAGUCGGGCAGCACGCAUAUACACCUAUGGCAGUUCCUCAAGGAGUUGUUGGCUUCUCCACAAGUGCACGGAUCCGCGAUACGAUGGUUGGAUCGAAGUAACGGGGUCUUUAAAAUUGAAGAUUCAGUCCGUGUCGCGAGGCUGUGGGGCAAGCGAAAGAACAGGCCGGCGAUGAACUACGAUAAACUGUCGAGAAGCAUACGACAGUAUUACAAGAAAGGCAUCAUGAAAAAAACUGAGAGGAGUCAAAGGCUCGUCUAUCAAUUCUGUCAUCCGUACUGCCUGUAACGAUUUGAGGUGUACUUUAGUUUUAAGUUUAAUUGUAAAUAUUUAUUGUAAAUAAGCGAAUGCGAGAGCCGCGGUAAUGCGGACAGUACGAGGGCUGGUUGCGAUUUGCGAAGUUAACGCAAAACGUGGCUAAGCUUUAGAGUUUGUCGAUCGCCCGCUCGGAGCCUAGUAAGGGCGAGUACGCCUGGGGACAUCCGUGCGGAGUGAUUGUUGCCCCUCCAUACAAUUCGAGAAAGGUAAUUUUCUCUAGAAUUCUAUUGGAUGGGGUAAUUCGAUUGUGUUAGUUUAAGUUCUUUUUACCGGCGACUAGGUGACAACUGUCGAUUUUAAUCGAUUGUAAGUUUAAUUACAAUAACGGUUGUCUAUCGAAAGCUGGUAAUGGUUAUCCCAUAUAUCUAUGAUAUAUUUCUAGUACGUUCUAUGAACAUUUAGCUAUGUAUAGUUGUAAGUACUUUAAAACGAUAUUAUUUUGAAUAAUUCAAAUGACUCGUUUGUUAGUAUUUACUAUAGAUUUUAUUUUAAUUGUUAAUUUAUUUAAUGUAGAUUUAUCAUCUUCGUAUAUUUGAAUGUAUUGUCAACGUAACGUUGACGUACUGAUGUGUGAAAGAUAACUGAAUGAACUGUGAUUUAUGAUUAAUUUCUCUGUUUAUUGAUAUUAUUAGCUAUUAAGAGUGAUAUUGUUCACAAACAAGGGACACUUGCAAUGUAGGUGUAAUUUUGAUGUAAGUAUUAUCGGUCAAUAUUUCUCAAAUUGGCUGUUAAAUUUUGUGCCAAAUAGACAUUGAAAUUAAAAUCAAAUUUAUUAGGGACAAAAUUUUGCUAAGAGUAUUAAAAGACCGAUGUGUUUAUGUAAAAAUUAUUGUAAAUUAUUAUUUUAUAUUUAAAAAUGUGGUGUUGGGUUUAUUGGGAUUUAUAUUAAGUUAAUUUAAGUUUCGACGCAGUUAGCGUUUGUAGCAAUAAAAAUAAUUAUUGGACCAAACUAAUGUAGACUAUAUCAAUGUAUGUAACACCAUAAUGAUAUUAAAUGGCCAUUUAAAGCAUA